AAAAACUCGUGUCCUUUUCCAUUCAAAUAGUCUGUUUCUUACGACAUCUGUUGGCGGAGUGCGGAAGCAGCAUUUAUUAUUCAUUUACUGGAUUGCAAUCAGAUUUACAAUCUUAACGGCAACAGUUCACAACAAAGCUUAUUAUAAAUACAAGAUAUUCGUCCGUUCUCUUUGUAUCGACUGAACGAACCGUCGUUGUACAGUAACAGUUAUUUGAGGGUUUUUUUUUUUACCCCUGCCGUCUUCUGUACAAUGCUUGAUGAUCUCGAAAUGCCGCGUGUUCUAACCAUCCAAAGUACUGUUGUAUCAGGCUAUGUGGGUAACAAAGUGGCACUGUUCCCUCUACAGCUCCAUGGAUUUGAGACAAGUGCCAUUAACUCUGUUCAACUCUCAAAUCAUACAGGUUAUCAAUAUUUCAAGGGUCAAGUACUUGGUGCUAAAGAGAUUGACGAGUUAUAUGAAGGGCUCAAGCUGAACAAAUUAAACAGUUUCUCUUUCAUUCUGACAGGUUACAUGGCCUCAAAAUCUUUUCUGGAAAAAGUGGGUGAAGCAAUACGAGAAAUGAAACAAGAAAAUCCUAACACAAUAUAUUUGUGUGAUCCUGUCAUGGGUGAUAAUGGAGAAAUGUAUGUUCCUGAAGAACUGCUCCCUGUCUACCGAGAUAUACUUGUACCACUUUCUGAUAUUACAGUCCCUAACCAAUUCGAAGCUGAGUGUCUUACAGGAAUAAAGAUUAAUAACCUAACAGAUUCCAUUAAAGCUAUAGAAUGUAUUCACAAAUUAGGAGUGCAAACUGUCAUAAUGUCAAGCAGCACACUUGGUAAAGGAACCAAUACCCUUGUAUGCAUAGCCAGCAGAUACACAGAAACUGGUGUUGAACGCUACAAAAUUGAAUUUCCACAUAUUGAUGCCAUUUUUGUUGGAACUGGUGACCUCUUCUCUGCAACCAUCUUAAUCUGGUUACAUAAAGACAAGAAUUUAAAAACUGCUCUUGAGAAAACAGUGUCAGUGAUACAGUUUGUCAUUCAGAAAACAAUUGCAGCAGCAUCUAAAACCGCACAGGGGCGUUCAGACUCGGCAGCAAAUAUGGAAUUGAAGCUGAUCCAGUGUAAGAGAGAGUUGGAAGACCCCAAAAUUCAGUAUUUUGCUGAACCUUUAUGAUGAAGCCUUCAAGUACCUUACUUUGGAAGCUCUACAUCAUCAGUGAACUUAAAAGGACUAUAUUAGUAGCAGUGGAGGUGUUGAGUGUUGUGCCUUGACUGCUGUGAUCUUAGUGCACAUGUUGUGACGAGUACUGCAAAGAAAAUGGUAUCCAUGUGUGAAUAAAGCUGCCUUGAAAUAGAAACUACAUCUGUUGUGCUCCUAGGAAAUUUGGUACCAUCCAAUGAAACAUAUAUGCAUGCAUAUAUAUAUUAUAUAUAUAUAUAUAUAUAUAUAUAUAAUGUAUUGUGAUGUAUGAUUGUUGUAUGUAGUUGAUUUUGUAUUUAUUUUGAUUUUUAUUUUUCAAACUAGUUUGUUAACUUAUUAAGUUCUAUCAACAUUGUUUAGAACUUCUGGGUAUGUUGGGAUAAUGUCUGUGUUACAAUAAGGGGCCAAGACUUCUAAUGAUAGAUAUAUAUUUAUAUAUACACACAUAUAUAUAUAUUUUCUCUUCUAAAA